AUGGCACCUCGUGGUCGUCCCAGAAAGAGCUCACACUUUUCCGAGUCCAGUGCGGCGGACGUGGAGGAAUCCAGCUCUUCCUCGUCGCGUCCGCGUCGCACUCGCACUCCAAAACGAUAUUUCGACGAGGAUUACAGUCCGCCGCCGUCCAAAAAACGCCCGUCAACAACAAGAAGAUCACCAUCAGAGCCGGCCGAUGAAGAGGAAGAUAUUCAGCUUUCGGUCAGCGGAAUUCUCGCCAAAGCACAGGUCACCGCAGCAAAAAGCACUCCGAAACCUAGAGGGUACGCUCUUUUCUUUCUACAAACAUUGAUGCUAAUAAUUUGUACAGCAGACCCAGAAAAGCGCCUUCUGCAACACCGUCCACCCGCCGAAAAUCGAAGAAAUACGAAGAAGAGGUGGUUUACAUGGACGAGGAUUCAGAAGACGCCGAGUCAUCAGAUGACGAGUUUGUCAUGCCUCCGGACGAGCAAGAGGAGAUCGAGGAAGAGCUGAAUUUGAGUGAUUUGAAAGUGGAGAAGGAGGACGCGGAGUCGUCGUUCUGUCCGUGGCUGGACGUCGACCCGGAGACCCUCCCGAAGCUGGAACUUCCCGAUUCAAGUCACGAUAUUCCGCUGCCGAACAACGUCACGUUCGACGCAAUCGAAGUCUACGAAAUCCUGCGUUCGUACCAUCGGACUCUCCGUCUGACUCCGUUCACAUUCGAAGAUUUUUGUGCCGCCCUGAUUUCCAAAAACAACUCGUGUAUAAUGGCCGAAAUUCAUAUUGCACUUCUUAAAAUCUGCCUGAAAUCGGACGACGAGGAGCAGACGCACUAUUCGGUGACCGAGACGAACAACGCCGUCAAUAUUAUGUUGCACCAUCUGGAGGCGUUGACCUACGCCGAGAUCCUCCGUCAAUACAUUGAAGCGUAUCAUCCCGACGAGUCGGUGAGAGAAGCUAUCAAUGUGGAUAAUUAUCCGUAUUGUGGAUAUGAGCCUAAGUGAGAAUUGGAAGGAAAAGACGGGAAAAUGAAAGAAAUUUUCAGAUUGGUCGUUCUAUUGUUCAUGUGCUAUCGGUUUUUAUAUUCGUCCGAAUAUAAAAAAGUUGUUAAUAAUAUAGGAAAAUUUCAAGUGAGUUUCAAAUUCUAUUCAGCCUGUUCAUAAAAUAUUUGAUUCCAGAACGAUGAUAACUGCCGGGUGUGCGGAAAAUCGUCCGGUCGGAUAGUCGGAUGCACCCAAUGCGAAGCGGCCUUCCACGUUGAUUGCUCCCGCCUCAACCCGUUCCCGGAAGUGCUCGUCUGCAAUUUAUGCACGCACAACAACAACGUGCGCGGAGUGGCGAACGCUCUUCCGCUCGGUGAAUCUGUCGAACGAGAGCCGCUGAGAUCGCAGCCGAUCGGACGGGACCGCUACGGACGGUACUACUGGUUCGUUGCACGAAGACUCAUUGUUCAGUCGCUCGACGAAACCGAAAUACACUAUUAUUCGACGCCGCCGCAAUUGUACCAGUUGCUGCAAAAGCUGGACAGAGACUACUAUGAGAAGAGUCUUUGCGAGGUGAUCAAGGAGAGAAUCGACGAGUUUCUGGAGCAGAUGACGUUGACGGUGGAGCUGUCGAACGAGAGGAGAGACGCGUUGAUCGAGAGUGCGAUGAAAAAGAACGGAAUGGCGUUCGAGUACGUCGAGUCGGUCACACCGAUAUUGUAUCUUCAUAAGGAUAACAGUGAGUUGUCAGUCAGAUAACUUAAGUUUCAAGUCUCGACAUUUUUAGUGAAACGAAUGGCCUCAAUCCUUCGUGAUUGUGCUGAGAAAGCGGCGAUAAAGCAAGAGAUCAAAACGGAAGACGACGCAGACGACGACGACGACGCCACGCGAUCCAGCGGUCCUUUGGAGAUUGCGAAAACGGAAGAAUGCGUUCUUUCCGAAUCGAUGAUCGGAAUAUUCGAUGGUCGCCUCAUCAACACAUUCUGGAGCGGAGGAGCCACUCAGGAGGAGCUCGUUCAGUACUUUCUUCAAAAAAUCGGUGAGCGGAUUGAUCCGAUGGCCCUCUGGCGAAUGGGCGACGAGAUGAACGAUCAGACGUUCAUGCAGUAUUACAACUUUUACGCGCGGAACGAGAUGUCCGAGGGCACGGCUGCACGCAAGAAGUUGGGCGAUAAGAAGAAGUACAUGGCCUCGAGGUUCUCGAUGCUCGACCAGUUCGAAUGGGUUGUGGCCAAAGACCGCCAAUUCUACGGAAACAGCGUGCUGCACACCAAAUUCGUGAGCUGGACCCUCUCCAAAAUCGCUCGAAAGAUCCCGUCCGACGUGAUGCAUCGCAGAUGGCCAGAGAUUGCGAAGACGGUCGACGCGGAGAUUGUCGCCGCGGACGACUAUCAGAAACUCGUCAAUUGCCUUCUCAAACUCGACGCUGCCAUGCGCAAAACCAUAUUCGUGGCACAAUGGUGGAGCGGACUGGGAGUGACGAAAAUGGAGAGAAAUACUGUGGAACAGAGAGAGACGUCGAUGAAAGAGCAGCAGAGAAUCAAAAAGAUUGAGAAUGACGCACUUGCGAAAGAGCUCGAUGACAGCUACGUUCGAGUCAACUACCGAUUGCCGAAGUGGCCGAAUACGUACAUUUUGAGACAGAAAGGCGAGCAGUACAGAAUGCGGGCGGGGAGGAAUGGGCGGAUGGGCGUGGGUGUCCGGCAAGUACGUAGAAAAGAGAGUCGCCGUUCCGGAGCCUCCGAAGUUACCGCUGGCGGUUACGGAGCAAAUUGUUAAGGUGGGUAUUCAUCAUCUCUGUCUUUACCAUUUUAAUCUUUUACAGACGGAAUCCUCAUCUAAUCGUAAAACACGUCGCCUGGAGCUGCUGGUCAGCAAAAUCCAAAAGAAGCGACAAGUGGCCGUGAAACCGAAAUCGGAGCCUUCUGUGCCCAACUUCCAAUUGAUAAGUCGGUGCUAUUCGCAGACCUGUUUCACCCGCCAAAAUCCGUUGUCCCACAACCCGGCGUGCUAUUCGCCUUCCUGUCGAUACGGUUAUUUGGCGACGAUCCGUCAGAAGUACGAAGAAGAGGAAGCCGCCAAAAAGGGCGUUCUGGCGAGGAUAGGCCGUGGCCUAUCCCCGAGAUUCAGAAGUUUUCGAGCAAGAACGGAAAGAGUAUAUUUGUUCUUCAAAAGAAGUUAGUUUCCUGAAAUUACGGUUUCCCCUCUACAACACUCAAACUAGUUCCAGAAUAUUGCGACAAAUGAUCGUAACCGCUGGAUGCGCGCAAGUCUACAUGCCCGGAUUCUCUCCGAAUUCCAAGGGCAACCACAUAGUCUGGCCGUAUCCGGCACCCCGUCCGACGUUUGAUUUGUGCUGGAAGUGAGUUCCAAACUCCCCAUGACCCUGUUUUCAUGAUUUUGUUUGUCAGAUGGCAAACUCUAAAUGCACGAAGUCUUGCGGCGGUGGCUCUUCAACUCAAAAUUAUGUGGUCAUCUAUCAAAUGGAGCGAAUUCGACCCGGACGACACUCAUCCGGACCGUCGUGUCGUCAUCGACACUCCGAGCCACGAUGAACGCCGUCGGAUCGUUCGGCACAAAGAGAUGCCUCCGUACGGACAAUAUGAGAGAUACGAACUCGAGAUCGAGAUCAUUCCACUGUACGAAGAGCACGAGGAAGAGGAGGAGUCGUGGACAUCCAGAAGGGACCGUAGCGGGGAUUGUGCGCAGAGGACGACGGCGAGAAAGAAGAGACCGGGACUGAGAGGAGUGGACAACCGAAGGGCGACGGCCAUCCGGAAAGAGUGGGUCGACGGAGUCACGCUCAAAGUGUUCGAGAUCAAGGACUACUGGAGAUCCGUCCGAACUGAAUUGGAACGAGCGGCGAAGAGACGGCAGGAUGCGCUGAAAAAGGCGACGAAGGCACGGGAAGACGCCGAAAGACUGAGACUUGUCGCACUCGCACCCAAACCGAAGCCGGCGCCUCCCUCCCUUCAAACAAAUAAGACUCAGACCACCGAGAGAAUCAGUGUGCCGUACAUUCCGAGAAGAGCGGAACCUUUACAGCCGAAUGCGAGGUAUUUGGAGAUGGUGCGUUUCUUUCUUGUUGCACUCUUAUACACUUGAAUUUCUCAUUUCUCGAAUUCUUCUCUCAUUGUCUUGAUUUCUGUUAUUAUCAAAUUCACAUUCUUCCCAAUUUCUUUCUUUUUCCAGUACAACAACUCCCAGCUGCCUCCUCGAACCAGCGCCUCUGGGGGUUCUUCCGAUGGACCCUCUUCUGCUGUUCCUUCUUCUGGCCAAUCUGUUCAACGCCUUUAUCCAGCACCCAUUCGCCACAAUCCAAUGAUCAGAAACAACCCGGUGUUCUCUUCAUACCAACAACAGAUGGGGGGCAGAGCCGCGGCUGGAGCUGACUUCUACAAUCCACAGGCGACGGUUCGGUCGGUGGUGAUGGCGGGGCAGUACGGGCAGACAAUGCGGCAGACUUCGAAUGGAUAUCAGUUCCCGGAGGGAUCCAUUCGCGGCGGAGGGCGAGUCGUUCAGUCUGCCCAUGGCCUUCCGCGUACUCGGCUGCAGCCGACUGUCGUUCUCAAAGUGAGUGUUGCAAUUGCGCCCUAAUGAGACGCAACGCGUGCGCGUCGCGUGUCGAAUUGUUGGCUGCCAUCCGGUCAUGUGAUUUUGGCUCUGUUUGUCAGACAAUUUUCGUGUUUUUUGGUGAUUAACCAAACGAAAAAGUUGUGAAAUCGAGUGUUGUAAUGAUUUUAUACAAAAUACUGCAAUAUUCUACAUGAAAAACGUUGAAAAUGUUUGCAAGAUAUCGACUAGCUGGCUUGCUAUUCAAAGUUGAAAUGCAAUCAAAAACUUACCGUUAAAUUGGAAUUUUAAUAGUUUUUGCAACAAUUCUAUUCACUUGUGCGCAUUUGUGGUUUGAAAAAAUAAAUUUUACAUUUUCAGCCGUUUGGGGAACCAAUUACCGAUAUGCGACGAGCGAUGCCAGUGGCCGAGGAGGCGGUCGCUGCCAACGCCGUCGGAAGUGACGGUGACGAACAACCACCGGUCAUUCCACGCUAUGAUCGUAGUGGUUCACAACAACCGCAACAACAACAAAUGCAGCAGCAGCCGCAGCAGGUCCGUCAGGUCUUCAACGUGGCUGGAGCAUCGGGACAAAGACGCAAUGUCAUAUUCCUGAAAAGCUCAGAAGGCGUGCAGAAGAUGAUGGUGCGACCACCAGGGCAACCCGGUGUUUCGUCUUCAUCCUCCCCGAUGAUUGUCGACCAACAACAACAGCCGCAGCAAGUCUAUCGCACCGCCACUGGUCAAGACUUUCCGCCUGGCACUGUUCUGAGCUCAGCAACUCGUCUCGUAGCUGUCCGUCCUGGGCAACAACCACCGCCGUACCGUCAGAUAUACCCUGGUACUGUGCCCACUGGACCCCGCUUUGUGCGAGUUAGCAGCGCUACGGGAGCUCUACGCCCACAGGAACAACUUCUCAGACGUGUCUUGCCAACUGGAGGCGCUCCGAGACAAAUGGUUUAGGGAUACACAUUAGAGUGGAGUUCUCAUUUUUCUAAUGUUUCAGGAAUAUGCUGAUGAUCAAGGAGCACCCCCGCAGUUGCGAUAUGUUCUUCAAACUGGUCAAGUUGCACCAAAGAUGCCGCGAGUCGUGCCGCGUGGCGGUAUGACGAUGCAAAUGGUGCAACAACAGCAGCACCCGGUAAGAUUUCGAACGUUCUUAAAAAAACGAAAAAAUGAAGCAGAACUGUAACAAUCCUCAAAAAUUGUAGGCGCAAUGUGACCAAGCUUCUUCUGACAACCAACCGGUUGUCGAGGAAGCCGUGAUCCCUGAUACGACUGGUUUCGCAGUUUCCAAAGAGCAAGAAGAACAUUAG